AUACAAACUGAACAGACCCAGUUGGUGGCCCUCGCGGCAGCCAUGUCGGACAAUGCUAACUCCACAAACGACCCAGUGUCGGAUCGUGCGAUGCAUGCUCCAAAGUCGACAGAAACGCCGCAAUACUCAGGAACCGCAAUUAGCGAAGCAGAUGAGCUACCGAAUGCCCACGUUAUAAACCCGCCGACCUCGCAGUCAAUGUCGUCUGGACAUCUCCCCGACACAAAGCGACAGUCGUUUUCCUCGCUCAUUUCGUGGGGAUCGGGAAUCGUACACGAUGCUGCGCCCACGAAAAAUAGCAACGAGGAUGGUGUGAAGUCAGCUCAGUCGGACCAUGCUCUGCCGAAUCUGAGCUACACAUCACAAGGGCCCCAGCCCCCGAGAAACGAUAUACCAUUUGAAGGAUGGCAAGGGAAUCGGCUGUCCCGCCCGACUCGUUCGUCGAGUAAGACUCCGAGAAGGCUAAGUGGCAGCACUGCGGCAAGCUCUGCCUCCGAAGCCGACCCACGACCUCCUGUCAUUGGCAGAAUCGGCGUCUGCGCCCUGGAUGUCAAGGCACGAAGCAAGCCAAGCCAAAAUAUCCUGACUCGUCUCCAGUUAAAGGGGGAUUUCGAAGUCUUAGUCUUUGGUGACAAGGUCAUUCUGGACGAGGCCGUUGAGAAUUGGCCCAUAUGCGAUUUCCUGAUUGCCUUUUUUUCAGAUGGAUUUCCCCUUGACAAGGCAAUCGCUUAUGUCAAGCUGCGAAAACCUUUCUGCGUGAAUGAUCUAUCCAUGCAGAAAGUUUUGUGGGAUCGCCGACUUUGCCUUAAAAUUCUGGACCAGAUGGGCGUUCCAACCCCCAGUAGAGUCGAAGUGAACAGAGAUGGCGGCCCUGUAUUAAUCUCGUCUGACCUUGCUCAGCAUGUGUAUUCUUUGACAGGCGUGAAACUAGAAGGCCCGGAAGACGGCAUGGGAGGCGGAGCAGCCAAAACCCAGUCAGUGUCGUUGUCCGAAGAUGGAGAAACACUUAUCGUCGACGGUCAAACUCUACGAAAGCCGUUUGUUGAAAAGCCGGUUAACGGAGAGGACCACAAUAUUCACAUCUACUUCCCCAACGAUCAGCAGUAUGGAGGCGGAGGAAGACGACUUUUCAGAAAAGUCGGAAACAAGAGCUCGGAAUAUGACCCCGAGCUUGUUGUACCGAGAUCGAUAACCGAGCAAAACACCAGCUAUCUCUACGAGCAGUUUUUGAGGGUCGACAAUGCCGAAGACGUCAAGGCUUAUACAGUUGGACCUGACUUUUGUCACGCUGAGACGCGCAAGUCUCCUGUGGUAGAUGGAGUAGUAAGGCGAAACACGCAUGGAAAGGAAUUACGUUACAUCACCAACCUUACCAAAGAGGAGGCUGCAAUGGCCGCAAAGAUCUCCAAUGGGUUUGGCCAAAGAAUAUGCGGCUUUGACAUGCUUCGUGUCGGAGACAGGAGCUUUGUUAUCGACGUGAAUGGUUGGAGUUUUGUCAAGGACAAUAAUGACUAUUACGACAAGUGCGCCAAAAUCCUUAAAGAAAUGUUUUUGAACGAAAAGCGUAAACGAGAUCGCACGUUUGAAUUAUCAGAACCUCCGUCGCCGGAUCUAAUGUCUCUGAAGAAAGGCAACACGAGUUCCCAUCGGAGUGCAUUGAGGACGAUCUUGAGAUCGCCGAGCAUGUCGAGGCUUCACGGUUCGCCAAACUCAAACCCAACAAAAAGCCAGUCAGUAUCACCUGAAAUUCCAAGUAAUAUCACCUCAGUACCCGUCAGUGAGACGACCAAACCUUCGCUACCUCAAGCCGUGGAAGAGACAUCGGCCCCCGCUAGUGUUACCGCGUCAAGCGCCAAUUCAGCUUCUGUUUCCAUUUCAAAUGAGGAGGAGGCAGCACCGCCACCUCCAGCAUCAAAGCAUUCUUGGAAAUUGAAGGGUAUGGUGGCUGUCAUCCGUCACGCUGACCGUACACCAAAACAGAAAUUCAAAUUCACCUUUCAUAGCCAGCCCUUUGUUGAUCUUCUCAAAGGACACCAGGAAGAAGUUGUUAUCAAAGGCGAGGCGGCACUGGCCAGUGUAUCCCAUGCGGUGAAGGUCUCCAUAGAGCAGGGUCUGGAGGAUAUGGACAAGCUACGAUUGCUGAGGACAUCAUUGGACAAGAAGGGUGGAUGGCCGGGCACCAAAGUCCAAAUCAAACCGAUGUUUCGGAGGCGCAAACCAGAGGAGAUGGGAGACGUCCCCCCUGACUCGAUAUUAUCCACAUCGUCCAGACUGAAGCACGGUCACCCCCAAGACGCAGUGUCCCCGACCCAAGACCCGCUAUCUGAUAGUGACAACCUGAGCCGGUCACAAACUAGGAGUGAUUCGAUCUCUGGUGCUACUUUCUCUCGUUUCUCUGCUGUUGAGAACGACCUUAUUUUGGACAAGCUGCAGCUAGUUAUCAAAUGGGGAGGAGAACCCACGCACGCGGCUCGAUAUCAAGCCCAGGAUCUUGGCUCAAAUAUGAGAGAUGACUUGAAACUGAUGAACAAAGAGGCCCUACAUGACGUUCGCAUAUUUACAAGCUCUGAACGCAGAGUCAGCACAAGUGCUCAAAUUUGGGCAUGUGCAUUCUUAGACGAGAAAGAGCUUCCGGAAGGCUUCAUUCAGGUUCGAAAAGAUCUUUUGGAUGAUUCAAAUGCCGCCAAGGAUGUCAUGGACAAGGUCAAGAAAAAGCUCAAGCUCCUACUUCGUGAGGGGUCGGCGCCUUCCCAAUUUGCCUGGCCAAAAGAGAACUUCCCAGAACCGUCUGUUGUGCUCGCCACAGUAGUGGAACUGAUGAAUUUCCACCGCAUAGUUAUGCGACAUAACUUCAGCAGGUUAGCGCCGGCUCAAAGCGAGCAGCAACAGACUACGAAGACGAGUGAAGAGUAUUCAUCGUUUCAAUCGUCAAAAAGCACUCAAAACCCAACGGUAACGAGUAUUCAAGGACGAUGGUGUACUGGCGAAGAGGCAGAAUUAUUCAAGGAAAGAUGGGAGAAGCUGUUUGCGGAGUUUUGUGACACGGAAAAAGUUGAUCCCAGCAAACUAUCAGAAUUAUAUGAUAGCAUGAAAUUCGACGCCCUCCAUAACCGCCAGUUUCUCGAAUGGGUGUUUAUGCCCCCUGAAGAUUUUGAAGUGAAUGAGGAGGGCCAAGUUGUUCAGCCGGGUGACGCUGAUCGCACAGAAGAAAAAGCAGACAAUAACACGCGAGGGCAUAAGGUGGGGCUGAAGCAAAGAGCGCUUGGUCUUUUGGAGUCAAGACAUCAAUUUGGAACCUUGGAAGACGCAUACGACCAUUACUUCAAGCUCCAGUCGGGCCCUAGCUCGAAGAAGAAGAAUACUGACGAGCGACUGACAAAACUUCGAGAGUUGUAUAAGCUAGCCAAAGUCCUGUUUGACUACGUUACUCCUCAAGAAUACGGAAUCAAAGACAGCGAAAAGCUGGAGAUCGGUCUUCUUACCUCGUUGCCGUUGUUGCAAGAGAUCGUUCGAGAUUUGGAAGAAGUGCAAGCGUCACCAGAUGCAAAGUCCUUUUUCUAUUUCACCAAAGAGUCGCACAUCUACACAUUGCUGAAUUGCAUUUUGGAAGGUGGAAUCCAAACCAAAAUCACAAGAAGCGCGAUCCCCGAACUGGAUUAUCUAUCUCAAAUCUGUUUUGAGCUCUACGAGUCCAAAGAUAGCGACACCGAUACUUUCUCGUAUUCAAUCCGAAUCUCCAUCAGCCCCGGAUGCCAUACAUUUGAUCCUCUCGAUGUACAGCUUGACUCACGUCAUGCCAUUGGGUGUGCCCCCAGGAGGAGCCUGACAGCCCAUCAAGAUUGGAAAGAAGUGAUUGAAACUCUUAAAGCCAAGUUUGACACGGUCAAACUACCGAAGAGCUUUAUUGCCGUCAACCUGAGUGACAACCAGCAGUCAGCCUCGAUGCUAAUUACUCCGCGCACAUAUCAGCUUGCACAAAAUACGAAUCAAUGGGAUCUCGCGCGUGAUCAACAAUAUCCGGCAAGAUUCCGUUCUUUGACGGGCUGGAAAACUGACGUUGCAGAUGCUCAGAGAGCACAUAAAAUGCUGUUGGUUCAUCAAUCGGGCUAUGUCCGGGUUGGCGAGGUGAUCAGAUAUACCUUGACCUACACGCCUAGUACAGACCAUGUAUUGCCGACCCCCUCCGAGCUGCACGUUAAAGUCAAGAAUGCAUCCGCUAUCCCUCUACGGGCUGCAUACUUGCAUGGGCCAUACACCCUCUAUGCAUCAUGCUAUCCUUUGGAUUUCAACCCUGAUAAUCAAUACAGCGACGGUGAUAGAAGAGGAAUCCCGCAGUUUGAGCCAUAUCUGAAAGCCGGUGGGGGUUGGACAGCGAAAAUACCAAUUCCAGAGGAUACCCGGGCUGCAUCAUUUCCGCAAGAUGGAGUACAGUCAGACAGCAGCAAUAAAAGCGUGACAUGGGUCAUCGAGAUAGUCUCUCAGGUGAUAUUUUCCUCGUCGGCCGUCGUUCACUUUGAACUUUUGGUGGGCCGUGACCAGAAAUCAACUGAACUUGGUAUCGCUGGUGCUUUGUCUAGUAGCGGACUGCCUCCGCCUACUCAUAUGCAAGAGCAUCAGAACUCCAGGACUAAAGAUACGUCUUCGGUUAUUGUCACCAAGGGGGUCUUCUCUAGAUCCGUAUCCUUAGUAUUUGACGACACCAAAAGUCUUUGGAACUCCGCUUCCUUUCCGUCUGCAGAAGAGAAAGAACGCCAUAUACAGGGGGUGACCGUUCCAGAUGUAGGACUUUCUACAGAUGGCCCGCCGGGGGAAAACGUUUCGGAUCAUUCGGAAAACAAUCGAGUAAAACCGAAGAGAAGGCGUGUGCACUUUGUUGUAUUGACCCAUGGCCUACAUAGCAAUCUUGGUGCGGACAUGCUAUAUCUCAAAGAGAGUAUUGAUGCUUCUUCCCGGGCAGCAAAAAAGGACUCUGAGGAGCGCAAACGGUUGAACAAAGGUAUAAAUUCCCGUCGGGCUUCAAUCUCCAAACAAGGCGGAUGCCAAAGUUCCGAUGAACCUAAUACGACUACUGAAUCGUACCCAAAAAACGACAAUAUGCUCCUAGGAAACAAUGGUGAAAGGGAGGAACAGGAGGAAGACGAUGACGAAGAAGAAGUCAUAGUUCGCGGAUUCCCAGGAAAUGCUGUUCGUACUGAACGCGGGAUUCAGUAUCUUGGAAAACGACUGGCAAAGUAUGUUUUGCUCAUGACAUAUCCGGAUCAGCCUUAUUUGCCUACGAAAAAGAAAGAGCGCAAGAACCCCUCAAGACCUUUUGCCAAGAAGACUCCAUCCGGACAACCGCACAACAACAUAGGCGCUGAUAGAAACCUUGAGAACCUUGGCUCUGAAUAUCAGAUUACUAGCAUCAGUUUCGUUGGGCAUUCUUUGGGAGGGCUCAUACAGACAUAUGCAAUUGCAUACAUUCAGAAGCAUUCGCCAGAAUUUUUUGAUUAUAUCAAGCCAGUCAACUUUGUCGCACUAGCCACGCCUUUUCUCGGCCUGAGCAACGAGAAUCCCGUAUAUGUUCGUUUCGCCCUAGAUUUUGGCUUAGUGGGAAGAACUGGGCAAGACCUGGGUCUCAGCUGGACGGCUCCACGACGAGUACGAAAUGGAUGGGAUGCUGUUAUUGGAAAACUAGGCGGCGAUACACGACAAGACAAGAUGACGGCGGCUUCCAAGCCACUGCUGCGAAUCCUCCCAGCUGGACCUGCUCAUCAAGUUUUGCAAAAAUUCCGAAAUCGAACGAUAUAUUCGAAUGUUGUAAAUGACGGCAUCGUUCCUUUGCGCACGUCGUGUCUCCUCUUUCUUGACUGGCGAGGCCUUGAACGGGUUCAAAAAGCUCGAAGAGGCAAUGGCCUCGUGGGCACAAUGGCAGAAUGGGGCUGGGCUGAGCUAACAGGGGCCAAUUCAAGCUCGCCAGCUAGAAAACACUCUGGAACCGACACGUCUCUAGUGCAAGAUGAGCAAAUACUGCAAGCUGGAGGAGAUGGCACGGCAUCGGAGAAUCACAAUUCUUUGGCCCAGCUUUCGUUGUCCCCGACUCCAGGCCAAUUCCUCAAGAAACCGCUGGAAUCAGAGCCAGGGGAACUCUCGCCUACUAUCCCCAGCUCGCCUUCCAAGGAACCUAUCUCGUCACCGAACCCGUUCAAUAACCUGAUGUCCUUUUUCCAGUCCUCAGAAUCCAAACCCCCCGUCAACAAAAAGAGCACUAAAAUUUAUAAGAGGAGCCAAACACUUAUCUCCCAAAGUUUUUCCUCACAUGAAUCAGAACCCUCUAGCUCGCCUCGCCCCCGUGUUCGGGGCAAUUCUGUUUAUGAUGAGGAGCUCAGUGCUCCUCCCAAGACCACAAUAUUCGAGUCUGCAGGCGAUGUUCUGAGACCCCCACUGCCUCCGACUGAGUUCAUUAUAGACCCUGCAUCCAGACCACGGACUAUCUUCCAUGAUCGCAUUUACCACCCAGGUGAUAUCCCACCGCCCAUUUUGAAGAGACGAACGACAAUGUUUCCGGGGACAAGACACUCAGACUCAAGGCCAUUAUCCGACACCGGUGAAGGCCCGUCUGUAAGUGGGCUCAAGGUUGAAGAGAAGAUUGCAAGGGCCUAUCAUGACGGCCUCUCUUGGCGAAAGGUUCUUGUGCGACUCGAGCCGGAUGCUCACAAUAACAUCAUCGUGCGGCGCAUGUUUUCAAAUGCAUAUGGAUGGCCAGUGGUGAAGCAUCUUGUAGACACCCACUUUGGAUACACAUAUGCUGCAAAUACAGAUGAUGCCUUGGAGCCGAAUACGGAGAACGCGAAGCCACUGGGCAUCAGUGCUACCGAUACAGGAGAAGAGGUCAUUAGACAAACAAUUUCACCGCCGCCGACGUUGUUGCAACCAUUAACUAAAAGCACUAGCUAUGACCACACACUGGACGGGUCAGAUCGAUACCUUGGUGUAGAUGGAACCCAGUCUAAUCACGACUCGCCCACCAGCGCCGACAGACGGUCACAAAAAUCGUCUGCUUCCAAAUCAGAGUCUGCUCAGUGGACCGAUCGCUAUUUCUCCGAUGGCGAGUCGGAUUCAGAGUCAGGAGGCGAACACGGAGAACAUUCCCUUCGAUCUCAAGCGGAUACUAUGUAUAACACACCGGACUUGCAAGAAAUCCAUGAUUUCUUGGUCGACAUCGCCGCCGAGGCGGGCAAGCUUAUUACCAGCAGCCUGCCAAGGAUUGACUCUACGGGGUCGAAGAAGAACAGUUCUGAUCUAGUAACUGAAUAUGACAAAGCUGUGGAAAGUAUGGUCUCGCAGAGACUAAACGCCAAAUAUCCGACAUACGACUUCCAUGGCGAAGAAACAUAUACUCCUGAGAAACCUCUCACGGACAAACCAACGUUCAUUGUCGAUCCCAUUGACGGGACUGUCAAUUUCGUGCACGGCUUUCCCAGCUCGUGCAUUUCACUCGGGUUUGCAGUCAACCGUAAGCCGCUCGUCGGUGUUGUCUACAACCCUUUCACCAAGACACUAUACUCGGCCAUCCAAGGCCGCGGCGCCUUUGUGAACCGGGAGACCCGACUCCCUCUCAAGGGCGACGACAACCUCGAACCCCUCCAGGGCCUUCAGAACGCGCUGAUCGCGCUGGAAUGGGGCUCAGAGCGCAGCGGAAGCAACUGGGAAACCAAAAUACGCACUUUUGAAAGCCUGGGAAAGACUCGUGAGGCCGGAGGCGCCAUGGUGCACUCAAUCCGCAGCCUGGGCUCGGCCGCUCUGAAUAUCUGCGCGGUUGCUACGGGGUCGAUUGAUCUGUACUGGGAGGGCGGCUGCUGGGCCUGGGAUGUAUGCGCUGCAUGGGUAAUUCUGUCGGAAGCAGGCGGUAUCAUGGCCGGGGGUAUACAGGGCGAUUGGGAUCCUGCAAUCGAUGGGCGGGCGUAUUUGGCUGUGCGGCCUGCGCCGAAUGGUCAGGGUCAAAGGGAGAUUGUCGAGGAGCUUUGGACUCAUGUCAAGGGGAGUCUGGCUUAUUACCCCAUGCUCAUACAACUCGUAGAGUUUCUUCACCAUGGAAAUGUCCAAAUACGGCAGAUUGCUGCCGAGAAUCUUGUUGGGUACUCCGACAGUGAUGUACCUUUGUUCAAAAGACUGGAUAUGGAGCCGAUGAGGGACUUGAAACUUCUUGUCCGAGACUAUCCUCCUACCGCCAAAAAUGUGCUUACCAUGUUAAUCAAUCUCUCUGCGGAUGGAGAGAUUCUCAAAUAUCUUGCAGAUGAUGAUGCAUUUUUGGAAGUAUUGCUCGCAAAAAUCACGAACCCAAAGGAGCCAAAUGCAGAUGAUAUCGCAAUGCUCUUGGCCAAUCUCGCCAAAGCCGACAAUUUCACGCGAAUUACCAGUAUCUCGCGACAAGCACCAGAGGAUGUGUCCACCUCGAAGAAUGUGCUGGACCAACUGAUGGAUUGUUUUGUCAAGGGUGCAGAAGGUGCUUUGAACAAACAAGCAAACUACGACUAUCUGGCGUAUUUUUUUGCAGAUCUGUCAAAGACAGAACACGGCCGCUCUUAUUUCACGACGAAACAAGAAUACGACUCUGUCGUCCCCAUCACAAAGCUCCUCGUAUUCACCGAACACUCCAGUGACAUUCGUCGACGAGGAGUAGCCUCGACCCUCAAGAAUGUCUCUUUUGACGUGAAGUCACAUGCCAUGUUAUUUGAUGAGGAUGGUGCAGAUAUUCUGCCUUAUAUAUUGCUUCCAAUCAUGGGACCGGAGGAAUAUCCCGACGACGAGACAUCAGAAAUGUUGCCUGACUUGCAAUUACUUCCGCCUGACAAGAAACGAGAGCCCGACGAUCAAAUCAUCUUAACGCACUUAGAAACGCUACUUUUACUGACUACAAGCCGGGAGGGUCGAGAUAAACUGCGAGCAGUGCAAGUGUACGCCAUCAUUCGCGAAUGCCAUCUCAACGUGGAUAAUGAAGAGAUCCGCGAAGGCUGUGACCGUCUGGUGCAAGUAUUGAUGCGCGGUGAAGAGGGCGAGAAAAAUCAAGCGGAUAGUGAGGCUAUGGCAAAAGCUAGAGCCGAUGCUUUGGGACUGGAAGCUCCCCAGGGGCGAAUAAUCGAAGACGAAGGCGAUGAUGAGACGAUAGAAGAAAUUCUAUAA